AAGUCGGCGCUGCUGUGGCGGCCCGGCAGCACAGCUGUCGCGGCCGAGCACGCCCGCCCGCCCUUGUCCCGCCGGGCCACAGAGGCAGCCGGCGGCAGGACCCGGAGCCUCCCCCCGAGCCGCACCGCGCCGCAGCACCCGGCACCCACCAGUCCGAUGGGACCGCAGCGGCGGCUGCUCCCCGCCGCGGCCGCCCUGCUCUGGGGCUUCCUGCUCCCGCUGACAGCUGCUCAGGAAGCAAUCCUGCAUGCAUCUGGAAAUGGCACACCUUUACCAUCUAAGGACUACUGCAUGCUGUAUAACCCUCAUUGGACAACUCUUCCACGUACACUAGAAAAUGCAACUUCCAUCAGUUUGAUGAAUCUGACUUCUACACCACUGUGCAACCUUUCUGAUAUUCCUCCUGUUGGUGUAAAUAACAAAGCAGUUGUGGUACACUGGGGAACCUGCCAUUUUCUUGAAAAAGCCAGAGUUGCACAGAAAGGAGGUGCUGAAGCAUUGUUGGUUGUCAAUAACAGUGUCCUAUUUCCUCCCUCAGGAAACAGAUCUGAAUUUCAUGAUGUGAAAAUACUGAUUGCAUUUGUAAGCCAAAAAGACUUUAAAGAUAUGAAGCAGACUCUUGGAAAUAACAUUACCGUGAAAAUGUAUUCUCCGUCAUGGCCUAACUUUGAUUAUACCAUGGUGGUUAUUUUUGUCAUUGCUGUGUCUACUGUGGCAUUAGGUGGAUACUGGAGUGGACAAAUUGAAUUGGAAAACCUGAAGGCAGUAACAAACACUGAAGACAGAGAAAUGAGGAAAAAGAAGGAAGAAUAUUUAACUUUUAGUCCUCUUACAGUUAUAAUAUUUGUGGUCAUCUGCUGUGUUAUGAUGGUCUUACUUUAUUUCUUCUACAAAUGGUUGGUUUAUGUUAUGAUAGCAAUUUUCUGCAUAGCAUCAGCAAUGAGUCUGUACAACUGUCUUGCCGCACUAAUUCGUAAGAUACCAUGUGGACAAUGCACGAUUGUGUGUUGUGGAAAAAGCAUUGAAGUGAGACUUAUUUUUCUCUCUGGACUAUGCAUAGCAACAGCUGCCGUUUGGGCUGUAUUUCGAAAUGAAGAUAGGUGGGCUUGGAUUUUACAGGAUAUCUUGGGGAUUGCUUUCUGUCUGAAUUUAAUUAAAACACUGAAGUUACCCAACUUCAAGUCAUGUGUGAUACUUCUAGGCCUUCUCCUCCUCUAUGAUGUAUUUUUUGUUUUCAUAACACCAUUCAUCACAAAGAAUGGUGAGAGUAUCAUGGUUGAACUUGCAGCUGGACCUUUUGGAAAUAACGAAAAGUUGCCAGUAGUCAUCAGAGUACCAAAGCUGAUCUAUUUCUCAGUAAUGAGUGUGUGCCUCAUGCCUGUUUCCAUACUGGGUUUUGGAGACAUUAUUGUACCAGGCCUGUUGAUUGCAUACUGUAGAAGAUUUGAUGUUCAGACUGGUUCUUCUUCUAUAUAUUAUGUUUCCUCCACAAUUGCCUAUGCUGUUGGCAUGAUACUUACAUUUGUUGUUCUGGUGCUGAUGAAAAAGGGGCAACCCGCUCUCCUCUAUUUAGUACCUUGCACACUUAUUACUGCCUCAAUUGUUGCUUGGAGACGUAAGGAAAUGAAAAAGUUCUGGAAAGGUACCAACUAUGAGAUGAUGGACCAUCUGGACUAUGCAACAAAUGAAGAAAACCCUGUGAUUGCUGGUGAACAGAUUGUCCAGCAAUAAGAGUAUGUGGACCUGCAGUCAUUGAUUUUCUACAAAUAGAGUUUGACUUUUAAAGUCGACUUUUGAACUGACAAUCUGAAAGAAUCUUCAAUGACAUGCUUGCAAGCAUAUAUUUUUAUGAGCUGGUACUGACAAUUACAUCAUAAUUAAUUAAAAUGCAUUUAUUUUUAACCAUCUUAAAGUUGUGCCUUCACAUUAAAUAAAAGCAUAUGGUCUGUGUAAUCACUAAGAUGUAUUAUAUACAGUAUAUUUUUC